AUGGCGUUUACAAGGCUUGGAAUCUUGAUUUUAAUGGUUGAACUUGGUCAAUUUGGUAAGUCAUAAGUUUAAAUUUGUCUGAAUUUCGCAAAAAUUUUUGUUUUCUCUAAUUUCCCACCAACUUUUGCAACUUUUUCAUUAUCAAAAUUCCAUUCCUUUUCGAUUCUUUUAUAUUAUUCUUGGUAUUCAGCGCUUUAUGAUUCCAUUUUCGUAACAUUUCCUUUAUUUUCCGCUUAAAUUUUCCAGUUUGAUGACUUCGAAUACCCCAAACAAAAAUCUUUUUUUCUUGUAAUUUCCGUUUCGGAAUAUUGCAAGCCCUGAGGGCACAAAAAGAACUGCUAAAUUCCUAUUGUUUUAGGUCGUAUUUAACUCUUUUUUUGCUUCCAAAAAUAAAUUGUCGGCGACUUUUGGUCCCGAAAAUUUCCGAAUUCAAAUUUCGCCACUUGAAUUUGCAUUUUUGGCGGGCAAUUUUUUGAUUGAGAAAAGAUAAUUUUGAAGAGCGCUCCGUAUGUUUGAAGCGGGAAUUGGGUUACGCAACGCGUAACGAGAUGCAAAUCGAGUAAAAGUUGAAGAAAAAAGGCGAAAAUGGGAUUCCAAAAAUGAAAAAUAGAACAAGAAAGUAAGACGAAAAGGAAAUUUGACAGAAAUCGAGAAAGAUUCCUGUAAUAUCAUUUAAUCUCGACAUCGAUUACUGUAACAUCUUGCAAUUCAAGCGUGAAAUGCCGCAUUGUUUGCUGAAGUUACUCAUUUCUGACGCAAUUUGCAAUAUAAUCCAUAAAAUUCCUUCAAAAAGCGAUAACAUUUUGAUGACAUUUCUAAUAUUUUCGGCAGUCAGCUGAAGAAAUGGGCUUCUUUAUCUCCGGAAAUCGGCUCCAAAUAUUUUAAAAAGUCAUCAAAUCAUAAAAGAUAUACAUUCCCAAGAGAAAUGGCUUCAAAAUCCACCCAUUUGUAAGGCAAAAUUAAUAAAAAUACGGUAAAAUACGGACUGAAAAAAUAAAAAUUAAUUAAUUUUUAGUGUUGGCCGGUCGUACCCUCACAAAAGAGGAAUGUCUCAAAUUUGAACGAUCAAAUUUUAUACAGAGAGCUCCAAAAGUAAGGCUUUUACAAUUAAAAUAUAUAAGAUACGGUACACCGAUGAGAAAUUAAUCUUAUUUUUCAGGUGGUCCGAGUCUACGAAAGCGAUCCGGCUUAUCUACAUUGCACAGUACCUCAUUCAAACAAUAAUUUGGUAAGCAAUUUGUACCAGUCUUCGGAAAGGGAAAGAAAAUUACAAAUUCAAAAAAACACUUAAAAAGUAGUCAAGUGUUUUUAAAGUAAUUAGUCAUUACAAGAGCACUUUCACAUAAGAAAGGUCCGUUUUGGCUGAAAAAACAGCUUGGAAUACAUAAUUUAUAAUUUUUCUGAAAGCUUUGAAGUUGCCUAAAAAUGCAAAAUUUUAAUAUGCUUCCAAACUUUUUAUACAUAGUACGUAUUAUAGGUGGCCUGGACUCGUCUCACAGACGAUGCCCUGCUCACCGCCGGAGGGCAAAGUUUCACUUCGGACAGUCGUUUCCAAAUCUCGCCGAAAAGGGAAGCCAGGGAUUGGGUCCUGAACAUUCGACGGGUCAUGUUGUCGGACAGCGGAUGCUACAUGUGUGAGAUUAACACUGAGCCCCAAUCCACUCAGUACACGGUGUAUUUGGAGGUAUUCAAGAAGAAAGAGACGCCUACGAACAAACCAGAGACCUCGGUGACAGUGAAUAGUAAGUUAGAUUAAGGUCCUUUCAUUGGAGAUAUUCAGAGCCAAAGACAACACUGACCGCGAGGAUGGAGGGGAGCACGAUCAUUUUAAAUUGUACAGUAGAGGCGGACAGACAUUCAACUAUCGAUGUGUUAUGGACAAAAGAUCGGAAACCAGUGGAUUUAUUUGAUGAGAAAAGUAAGACAGGCCAUGAACUCGAUCUAAAUAUAUCAUUUGCCUAUUCCAGAAUACGUAACAUCAUACAAAACUGUGAGCAGAAAUCUGAUGGUCUAUGUUCUAAAGGUGAACGAGGCUUCCCAUCAGGAUGACGGUCAAUAUGCCUGCGAAGGAGAAGAAUUCCCUCAGCAAUCGCAGACCGUUCAUAUUAAUGCAGGUAUGGAAACAUUACAAAUUCAUAUUCUGUUUUAGCCCUGGUUUCAUCACCCAAUAGCUCAAGCUUCCCAACGCUCAAUUAUUUUAUUCUCCUUCUUUGCGUAAUAACACAUCCAAUCUUAUGUUUGUAA